AUUUGGAAACACCUGAACCAGAGCAGCAUGACCGGGCACAUUCUGUCCCAGACUCCCGUGGCCCAGGGUACCAAGAUGUAGAUCAGUAUGUCGAGGAGCACACACUCCCUUGGCUGUUUACACCGAGGCUCAUCAGAAAGGAGUGAUGUUCAGGGUGAGAAACGUGAUUCACUGGAUAAAUUGGCUCCUAGCUUCCCCACGGCAGUGGAAACAUUUCGUCUGAUGGGAGAGCUUAUCGGCCUCUACGUGGAGCUUAAGGAGAACAUAAAGGAUCUGGAGGAUGAACAAGCUGGCCAAACAGACUUGGAGAAGAUCCAGUACCUGCUGGCAUUGAUGGUCAAGAAGUCCAUACCCGCUGACCUGCAGGAACAGCUGAAGACCUUAAAGGCCUUGACCAAAGAAGUUCAGCAGGAAAAAGCAAAACUGGAGAAGAUGAACAGGAUCCUGGAGGGGGAGGGGGAGCAAGAAACAGGAAAGGAGGUGAAAGCUGGCCAGCUGAGCCUGCAGCUGGGAAUCCUCAGAGUCACCGUGGCUGACAUCGAGAAGGAGCUGGCGGAGCUGAGGGAGAGUCAGGAACGGGGCAAGGUCAGCAUGGAACGUUCCGUCUCCGAAGCCUCCCUUUACCUGCAGGAUCAGUUAGACAAGCUCAGGACGAUCAUCGAGAACAUGCUGGCCUCGUCCUCCACGCUGCUGUCCAUGAGCAUGAGCGCGGCCCCGCACAAGCUCCCGACCACCCUGGCACCCGGCCAGAUCGACCCUGCGGCCACCUGCCCAGCCUGCAGCCUGGACCUGAGUCACCAGGUCAGCACGCUGGUGCAGCGCUACGAGCGGCUCCAGGACAUGGUCAGCAACCUGGCUGCCACCCGGCCCUCCAAGAAGGCCAAGCUGCAGAGCCAGGAUGAAGAGCUGCUGGGCCGCGUCCAGAGCGCCAUCCUGCAGGUACAGGGCGACUGUGAGAAACUCAGCAUCACCACCAGCAGCCUCAUUGAGGACCAUCGGCGGAAGCAGAAGGACAUCGAAGUGUUGUACCAGGGUCUGGAGAAGCUGGAGAAGGAAAAGGCCAACAGGGAACACCUGGAGAUGGAGAUCAAUGUGAAAGCCGACAAGAGUGCCCUGGCGGCCAAAGUGAGCCGUGUCCAGUUUGACGCCACCACGGAGCAGCUGAACCGCAUGAUGCGGGAGCUGGUGGCCAAGAUGAGCGGGCAGGAGCAGGACUGGCAAGAGAUGCUGGACAAGCUCCUGGCGGAGAUGGACGGCAAGCUGGACCGCCUGGAGCUGGACCCAGUGAAGCAGUCACUGGAGGAUCGCUGGAAAUCCUUGCGACUGCAGCUCAAAGAGCGUUCUCCACUCUACCAGGCGGACGAGGCAGCCGCCAUGCGGAGGCAGCUCCUGGCACAUUUCCACUGCCUCUCAUGUGACCGUCCCCUGGAGACGCCUGUGACUGGAGAAGUCAUCCCCCUGACUCCUGUGGGCCCAGGCCUGCCCGGGCACCGGUCCACCCGCCCCUACACGGUCUUUGAACUGGAGCAGGUCCGGCAGCAGAGCCGCAACCUGAAGCUGGGCAGCGCUGCCUUCCCCCGGGGCAACCCGGGGCAGACGGAGCGGAGCGUGGGGCGCCUGCGCAGCAUGCACUCCAAGAUGCUGAUGGACAUUGAGAAGGUGCAGAUCCACUUCGGGGGCUCGGUCACGGCCAGCAGCCAGAUGACCCGCGAGCUGCUGCUCCCCCAGCGCCUCGGCUGCUCCUGCUGCCGACGGCUGCCCGACGCGGCCGAUCACACCUACCCGAGGGCGCCCCGGCGCUGCGGGGGCAGCCACACCCUCACCUGCCCCUCCCGCCGCAGCCGCCUGCAGCACCUGGCACAGGGCCUGUACCCCACCGAGGAGAUCCAGAUCGCCAGGAAGCACGACGAGGUGGAUAUCCUGGGCCUGGACGGACAUAUUUACAAGGGACGGAUGGAUACAAGGCUGCCGGACAUCCUGAACAAAGACAGUUCGGGGAUAAAGCACAAGGCCAAGCAGUCCCAGCCCCACGUGCACCGGCAGCGGUCGCUCAGCGACAGCACUCAGCUGCCCUCACGGCCCCAGAGCGCUCAGAUGCUGGCUGGCAACAACUCAGGUCCUUCUCUUCAACGGAAAGACAGACCCGUCUCCACCGAGGGGCGCCUCUCCCAGCCGAAUACAGCUCACCUGCCCAGUGAGAUGGCAGACCUGCCAGCGGGGCUGGAGAUGCACAUGGACGUGCCUCCUGGGGAGGGGCUCGAGGAGCCCACCCGGGGGCCGCGGUCCACCACUUCUCACUGAGCAGAGCUAUAAAUAAAUGUUGAGG